UUGAAAUCAAGGUUGAAUUUCCAUUUCUUCCCCAUGGAUGGUUGAGAGUGGAUAAACAGUGAAGUGAAGGCCAAGAAGAAGCCGAAGCCCCAAAUUCAGCAUUGAAGAAGGAAGAGCUAUGGCUUCCUCGCUCAUGUUUCGCCGCUCUUUCUGUUUACACUCUGCAUCUUCUCCUUCUUCCUCCUCCUCCGCUUUCGUUUUCUCCAAGAAGAAACCCCUCGUUUUCUUGGGUUCUCCUCAGGUUUCAACUUCAGUUCUUGAUGCUCUUUUUAACGCAUCUUCCGCUGCAGAUGCGGCUUUUGAGGUUGCAGCUAUUGUAACUCAGCCACCUUCUAGAAGGGAUAGGGGAAGAAAGAUGAUGCCUUCUCCAGUAGCACAAUAUGCCCUUGAUAAAGGCUUCUCUUCUGACCUUAUUCUUACACCUGAAAAAGCUGGAGAGGACGUGUUUUUGAGCACCUUGAAGGCUUUGCAGCCAGAACUAUGUAUUACAGCAGCAUAUGGAAAUAUCUUACCGACCAAAUUUCUAAAUAUUCCAGCAUUGGGGACGGUCAAUAUUCACCCAAGUCUAUUGCCAUUAUAUCGUGGUGCUGCCCCUGUCCAAAGGGCAUUGCAGGAUGGUGUUAAGGAAACUGGUGUAUCGUUAGCAUUCACAGUGCGUGCAUUGGAUGCUGGACCUGUCAUUGCUUCUGAAAAAUUUAAAGUCGAUGAGCAAAUUAAGGCACCCGAUUUACUUGCAUUGCUAUUUUUAGAAGGUUCUAAACUUCUGAUUCGUGAACUUCCUUCAAUACUUGAUGGAUCUGCCGAAAAGAAAGCGCUACCUCAAGAUGACUCUAAAGCCACCACGGCCCCAAAGAUAUCCCCGGAUGAGGCAUGGCUUUCAUUUAAUCAAGAGGCAUAUGUCCUACACAACAAGGUUCGUGCAUUUGCAGGAUGGCCUGGAACACGAGCUAAGGUUGUCGUUGYGGAUGAAAAAAGUGGUCAUGACAAUAUCCUAGAGCUUAAAAUCAUUACUACAAGGGUUUGCAUCAAUUGUAGUAGUCAAGAGACUCGAGCAGACGAGAUCCAUUUCGUUAAUGAUGCUCUGGUGUUUCCAUGUGGAGCAUGCUCAGCACUUGAGGUACUGGAAGUUCAAUUACCCGGUAAGAAGGUCGUGAGCGCAGGUGCGUUCUGGAAUGGCAUGCAAGGAAAGAAGUUGAAGAAAUUCGACGAACGUAAGCAUUUUUCGCAUGUGUCGUUAUGACGUUUAAAUGAAAUCUAGGUGAAGCAAAUUUCUGCAUUUUUUAUACAACUUUGAGUGUUUUAUCAUUUGUUAACAUGGAUGUCUGAAUAUUGAUUGAUCUAGAAGUGAUCUUGUCACUCUGACGAAAUUAUUAGAAAUCUACCUAGAUGGCUAUAACUGAGGAUGAAAA